CGCUCUUGGAUCAGUCUGAAUUCAGAGUUGAAAGUGUUUGCACGUUUCUGUCCGUGUCGUGCCCAUCGCUCGCGUUGGUGUGUUUUGUUUGAAAAAUCCCAAUAGCUGAGUGAAAAACGCUACAAAAUAUGGUGAAUAGUUGUGAUUCAAUAGUAUAAAAGUUUACAGAAAGCGUACAGGAAAUCGGUACGUCUGCGGGUUUCCCUUGCUAGCCUCACGCAGUGCGGGGGUCCAGUGCAUUGGCUAGAUGGAGUUGCAGUGUUGUGGUGCAGAAGUGCAGUGGAAAGUAAGAGAAAAUAUGUACAAAAUUCGUGUUACUAUAUUUCUGAAGGUGUGUGAGUGUGCGUGGCGUGUGUUUUUGUGCAAAUAAAAUAGAAGUGAGUGUGGAAAAUUUCCUCAAAAAAAAAAAAGAGCGCUCAGACGUCGUCUCAGUUGUGCUUGUGUGUGCGCUUGUGUGUGUGGGUGCGUGUAGGUGGGUGAAUUUUUGGCCCGAGUUUGGAUGAAAAGUUAAAGAGCUGCACGGUAGAACGGUUUACCCAGCGUGUGGAGGAAGAGAGGAGUCUAGCGGGGCUGCAUAUCAUCAAACUCUCUCGAUAAGUGGAGUUAGGUUUUUCCUACGAAAUUGGAUUAUCGGAUCGGUUGGCCGCAUCUUUGCAACAAAAUUUAAAGAAAGACCAUCUCUGAACAUCUCCACGUAUGGUUCUACAUGCAUCCACAACCGGCAUCCUGUGAAGUGAAGCGACCAACCUUAAAAGAGAACUUCUACCCCAAAAACACAAACUCCCGCUGUCUCAUACACACUCUAACACGCUAACACUAUGAUUGCACUGGUCACGGCGAAAGCGAACCGACCAACUACAGCACCACCGGCAACCGUAACACCGAAACAGAAUCGUUGCAAUUUGUCGUUCGCCGAUUUGCAUACUUGCUGCUGCGGCACAAACUUCCCCGAAGGAAUUCUGUUCGUUUAAGGAAGAGGACACAACUCUGUGUGUAGUGGCCUCCCAAUCAGGGGCUUGGAAAGUUUUGCCGUCGACGAACAAGCAAAGGACAGCUCGUGUUUCGUACCCACAAGGCAGCAUAAAGUGUAGAGGAGUUCUGACUGCUGUUGUUGUUGUCCGCUGAAAGUUUUGCGUUUUCGCUGGGUUGGCUAAUGAAAAAAGUUACCGUCAGCGAUUAAUACUACUACAGCUGCAACGAUCACUAUCGCCACUACACGACUGACAGUGAGAAAAAAGGAAUAGCUGUGCUGGUGUGUGUAUCAUGUGAAGAGGCUAUUAGUUCGACGAGAGAGGAGAUACAAGCUACGAAGAGAAGAAAUUAGAAUCCAUUAAUUAACUCGAAAAAACGAAGACCGACCGCCCAUACACACAAAAAAUAAGGAAUCAAACAUCAACCGUCCUCUUGUCCAUUUGUCCAAGAACCUGCGCUCACUGGUUACCACGUUGCAUCGGUUGGUUAUCCUUUCCCCCCAAAUGUGGAUUCCUUCAACGAGCAUCGCACGUUCACGUCGGUUGUUGUUGUUGUCAUCGUCAGUUUCGGCCGGCUCGCGGUUGCCCUCGCCAACAUCAUCCUGUCCGUGCGUUUCGGCCACGUUUGCACCGGUACCGGGCUACUACCCGUGUUCACGAACCGGCAGCCGGACGUGAAAACAAGCAGCAGCAGCAGCAGCAACACGAGCAGCAUCACAAACAACCACCGAUAGCUGAUACACACCGAGUGUGUAUGAGAAAAGCUUGCGGCGCCAUCUGAGUUUCACCGUGAAGUGGACCAGUAAAAACCUCAGCAAAAACUCCAGAUAACGUGCGCCGUAUCGCGCAGUAUCGUUUCGCUUCGUUUCGCCUUUUUCCCUAACUCCGUUCCUGCCCUCCGCUGUUCCUGUGCGUUCAACGAUGGGCAAUAAAUGUUGCAGCAAGCGACAGGACCAGGAACUAGCGCUUGCCUAUCCCGGCGGCUACAAGAAGGGCGACAGCAGCUUCAACUCGAACCUGUCCGGCGGCCCGAAGCACAACAAUGGCGGCUCGAUCGAUUCGCGGUACACGCCCGACCCGAACCGGGGCCAGCUCAUAAAGCAUCCGAAGGGUGGCGUGGACAUCAUACGGCCCCGGACGACACCACUUCUGCCCGGUCAUAACACACGAAGGAUAGUGGUCGCACUCUACAACUACAAUGCCCGCGAGGAAACGGACGUCAGCUUCGUCAAGGGCGACCGGAUGGAGGUGCUGGACGAUACAGAAUCCGACUGGUGGCGCGUCGUGCAUCUGAAAACGCGCCAGGAAGGGCUCAUCCCGUGGAACUUUGUCGCCGAGGAUCGCAGCGUUAACAGUGAAGACUGGUUCUUUGAAAAUGUCUCACGGAAAGAGGCCGACAAGCUGCUGCUGGCGAACGAGAACCCACGCGGCACCUUCCUCGUCCGUCCGUCCGAGCACAAUCCGAACGGGUUCUCGCUCUCCGUGAAAGACUGGGAGGAAAGCCGCGGCUACCACGUAAAGCACUACAAGAUCAAACCACUGGACAAUGGAGGCUACUACAUUGCAACGAAUCAAACGUUCCCGUCGCUCCCGGCCCUAGUGAUGGCAUAUUCAAAGAAUGCCCUCGGCCUGUGUCACGUGCUGUCCAGUCCCUGUCCCAAGCCCCAGCCGCAGGUGUGGGACCUCGGGCCGGAACUGCGCGACAAGUGGGAAAUCAACCGGAACGAGAUCCAGCUAAUUCGCAAGCUCGGCCACGGCAACUUCGGCGAGGUGUACUACGGCAAGUGGCGGAACAACAUCGAGGUGGCGGUGAAGACGCUGCGCGAGGGCACCAUGUCGACGCAGGCCUUCCUGCAGGAGGCGGCCAUCAUGAAGAAGUUCCGCCACAGCCGGCUGGUGGCACUGUACGCCGUCUGCUCCAAGGAGGAACCGAUCUACAUCGUGCAGGAGUACAUGUCCAAGGGCAGCCUGCUCGACUUCCUGCGCACCGGCGACGGCCAGUUCCUGCAGUUCGAGGAUCUGAUCUACAUCGCGGCGCAGGUCGCGUCCGGCAUGGAGUACCUCGAGCUGAAGCAGCUGAUCCAUCGCGAUCUGGCCGCCCGGAACGUGCUGAUCGGCGAGAACAACGUGGCAAAGAUCUGUGAUUUCGGGCUGGCGCGCGUGAUAGCGGACGACGAGUACUGCCCGAAGCAGGGCUCCCGCUUCCCGGUCAAGUGGACCGCACCGGAGGCGAUCGUGUACGGCAAGUUCUCGAUCAAGUCGGACGUCUGGUCGUACGGCAUCCUGCUGAUGGAGCUGUUCACGUACGGGCAGGUGCCGUACCCGGGCAUGCACAGCCGGGAGGUGAUCGAGCAGAUCGAGCGCGGCUACCGGAUGCCGAAGCCGACCGCCCACCACCUGCCGGACGACAUCUACAGCCUGAUGCUCAAGUGCUGGGACGCGAUACCGGACAAGCGGCCCACGUUCGAGUUUCUCAACCACUAUUUCCAGAACUUUACCAUCACCUCGGAGGUGCCGUACCGAGAGGUGCAGGAUUAAGCAGGGGGAAGGGGGGAGGGGGGAGUUGUGUGCCACCCGGUUAUUAGGGUUUAAGAAUCGUACCAGAUGUGUGUGAGUGUGUGUGUGUGUGUGUGGCAUGCACAGACAAAGAACACAUCACAAACAACGUACCACGUGUUGCGCGCUACUGUUCUUCUUUCGUCCCACGCACGCACGCUUCAAUUCUUUCGAUCGUUUAAAUAUUGCUUGGUAGUUGGUUGUGUGCGUUGUUGUCAGAUCCUUACCUUCGGUCGAUAUCAUUAGCCGCUAUCGAUUUUAGGAGUAAUAAGGAGAGGUAUAAUCAUAGGUAGAGCCUCCGAACUACUCGCCACAGAAGGUUUCCGCGCACAAUUUCAUCUAAUUAGUUAGAUGCUGCAAUCUUUGCUUUAGUAGAGAGGAUACACAACGCCACACACACACCGUAGCUUGACGCGUGUAUCCGUUCAGUGCUCCAGUUGCCAACAAAUUGAUUCUCCCGUCAGUGGAUGGGGGACGGGUGAAGACGGCUUGUGCGUGCCUAGGACAUGCAUCCUAGGACAUUGUUCGCUGUGCUGGAGGGGUGGAGAUUUUGUUUUAAAUGUGUAAAGCAACCGUUACUACUAGGUAUGUGAAAUAUUUAAGAUCACACACACACACUGCGAGUAUGUUAGAGCACAAAACACAGAAAUGCCACACCAAAUCAAUCACACACUCAUACCCGAUAGUGUAAAUUUACAUGUUGUGUGUGUGUGUGGUAAGGAGGAAAGUGAAAAUGCAGUUUUUGUUUUUGGUCAAAACUGUAUCCACCAACGACGAAGGGCUGUAGCGAGCGCGUACACAAGAAGAACCAGUAGCAGAACGUGUGGUGUGAGGGUACAGGCUUUUCCUGAACGUUAUUAGUUUUAAAAAUGGUGGUAUAUUGCUUAAGAGGGGAAAAAACAGUGAAAUCGUUAGUGAUUAAUGGAAAUUCGAGACCUUUGUCUCCCACGCUAAUGACAGCUAAUGUGUGUGUGUGUGUGUUUGUAUGUGCUGCGUACAGAGAGAGAGCGAGGAGAAAACAUGUAGCUUGCGCGCAAAACGAACGCUCCUCUUGCGCGAGCACAGUAGCGAUUAAGGUGUCGUCCCCCAGCAGCGGUUAGAAGUUAACUAGGAGAAGGUGGAAAACGAUUAUAGAGUGUUCCCUCUUUUUCUGGAUGGUGAAACGCAAUCAGCAGACACACACACAUACAUACAGUAACAGUAACAGCUAUUUGUUUCCAAGUUUUUGUGCUCUUUUACAUCUCUGCCUCUGAAUUUCCCUCUCCCGGGACAGUACACACCUAUAGAACGUACGUUUCGGACGAACAAUCGUGCAAGAGCGAGAGAAAGAGAGCGAGGGAAGGCACAACGCGUAAGGAACUUUAGGGUAAAAAUCAGAAAACGAUAAAACGAUAAGGAAAAGAAAGAAGAAAAAAUGAAAGAAAGAAAGAAAAAAACCAAAGUUCAAAUGUUAUUCUUCUAAUUCUAAACUUAUGUGUAAACGUGCGUAGGUUUUGAGACUUAUUUUUAAAGACAACAAACGAAACUGUCAAAACAAACCAAUCAAGCAAGAAGUGUAGCUAAGGCGUGUUAGACGAAGGGACACGGGACUUUCUUGAAUCAAUGGGAAAGUGCUCGGUUUGUUGUGCGGUGCGGUAUUUGUGUAAUUAUUAUUGGAUAGGUUUGCCUCCUUCUUCUCUGCCCCUCUAACUCCUCUCUCUCUCUCUUCUGUAUGUUCUCUUCGUUGCCCUUCAAAUGCGGCUGCCCUGUUGUUUGUUUUUUUUGUGCCCCUUCUUCUUAUACUAUGUGUAACUAAAACUAAAUAGGGCAAAAACGGGGGACGCAUACGAAGGCAUAAAAUGAACAAAACUAAUAAACAGGCCAAGUUAAAAAUGUUCUAAUGGAUAAUCAAGCCCCAGGUUGUAGCAAUUCGCACACAAAAAGACGCGUAGGAGAAGUAAGUGAGUUUGAUUCCAACUGUUUAGCGGGGCAGCAAAGCCACCGACGGCAUUAGAGCAUGUAUGAAGAGAUGCACAACACAAAAGACAUUUCCAGUUUGUUUUUAAGAACGCCCGGGGUGUGUGUGUGUGUGUAUGGUGUGCGUCAUAAACAACUGCAACGACAGGCAUGCUAUACCUAUUGCUUCUUUGUUGCUUGUGAAAAUCGAAGCUGUAGGAAAGCGAAGGCAAAUCUCUAGUCCCUACGGAAUGUGUGUGUGUGUACGUGUGUGUGUGUGUAAUGUUGCCUCUCCACAAGCCAAUGACAAUGCGUGAUUUACAUGCGAUCAUAACGUCCUUAAACGUUUCUUUUCUCGAGGAGCACAAAUGUUUUAGUAGUAGAGCGUUCUAUCUUUGAAUCAAACGUGUCUUCAAACUGCCAUAGAAGAGGGAAGCAAAAUGAGGGGGGUUGGAGGGUGCAUAGAUUGUGUUUCUACUCUACUAUUUCACCAACUCUUCCUUCCAAUGUUACACAUCAAUCGGUUGGUCUUUUCCUUUUGUUUGUCAAUCUCUGGGCUCACUUUCUCCUUUUGAUACGUCGUUUCGCUGUUGUGAGCCUGUUUUUUUAGUGUGAAAUGAAUUAGAAGCGCAAAUAGACGAAUCUUACUAAAGGGGGAGACAGAGUGUGUGCAUGUGUGUGUAGGUAUUUUUUCUCCUCCAUACACACAGCAAAAGCCACAGCCACACAAAACCGGAUACAAUAAUGAACAUGUGCAUUUCGACAGGUUUCGAUCACAAACCCAUCCACACACACACAUACAAAGCAUAAACGCAUACAUUCGCAAAGACGUGUGUGUGUGUUAUCACCAUUAGUGAAAGGGGGAGAAGGACACUGUCUGUCCCAGACCCAAGAUGGCAUCCGUCGUGUGGCGGUUUUGGCCAAUUUUAUCAAUACUUAGGACUAGAGGAAUACACAAAAGCUGAAACACCACAGACACACCGUAUAUAUAUAUAUAUACCAUAAGAUAAGACACACCAAGAGCUGCUGCUACCCUUCAGAUACCAGAAACAGAUAACAAAAGAAAAAACCCUUUAGGAAGGGAGGGAGUAGAAACACACAAACACACAUCCAUGUACGAAACUAGCAGGAGGAGAGAGAGAGACACACACAUUACAUGGUACGCGUAAGUAAAAGCAUAAAGUAAACACUAAAUUAAACUAGAUAUAUGCGAACAUUAUAAGUGAAGGCAGUGAAUUGGAAGAUGCGAGCAAGGAAAAAAAACUGAAAAGGAAAUGUAAUAAAAAAACAAAAACAAAAACGAAUUAAACGAACACAUUAAAACUCCUCGUA